AUGGACGCCACCGGCUGGCUUCUCCCCCGGGCGACCGACGUCCUCCGGCCGGACAACUUCACCGCCGUGGUCAACAAGACGACGGCCCUCCUGCAGCUUCAGAGGAACGCGACGAGCCCCCAGAUGCUGAUCAACGAAUUCCGCUUCGCCGCCGCCAAAUCGAUUCGAACCUCGACGAUAAUAUUGGCCACCUUUAAUGCGAUUGCCGCCUUCGCGGCCGUGCUGGGGAUACUAUGGGAGAACUAUUCGAGGGAAAAGAGGACGAGGGGCUAUUCCAUAAGGCGCGAUGGCCUCAACUUCGUAUCUGCUCCCGAGGUCUACCCUCUCUUCGUUUCGGUGGCUAUCACCAUCCAAGGCAUAAUGCUUGCUGUGGCACAAGGGGCCGGGCUGGAGAGCCUCUUCGCCACCGGCUGUGCUCUGAUUGCACAGGCGAUGCUGCCAGCCCUCUUUCUCGUUCCUGCCGUGCAGGUCAUCUUCGGUCUCGAGACGUACUUCCGCGCCGUCCGGAGUAGACCAUUUCUCAAGCGGGGCCCCUGGGCAGUCAGGCUAUGCCUGAUGGGCGUCGCUGUUGCUUUCCUCGCUUCCUUUCUCUGGGCCUACGUGGAUAGGUCACCCCCAUUUUGCUUCGCCUCGCAGUUUUGGUUCAUUGCGAACUAUUCCCUCGGAUGCUUUAUCAUCCUUCUUAUCGUCUCUGUCAUCCUUACCCUUUCCGUCAUCACCAUCUUCAUGAAACUCAAGAGCUCGCCCGCCGUGGGACCGACCGAGCGGGUGGAUGCCUCGAGGAUGGUUUACUACCUUGUACUGGCCACCAUCUCGAAUGUACUCCUCCUGCCCUUCUUUUACCACAUGGCCUUCAUCGACCAGCGCGACCCGAGGUUCCAGGGCCUCACUCUGUCCGUUGUCGCCUCGGUGGUGACCGAGGUGUCGGGCGUGGUGACGGGUGGGCUGCACCUGUUCCUCCGAUCGAGCACCAUGACCGCCAUCGCCCCCAGGGAGAAGAUCGACGACGACCACCAGAAGCUCAAGACCCAGAUCCGCCGUGGGAAGCCCGACGACGACGUAAGCGACUACGGCAUCACUUCGCCCAACGGUCUCCGCCAUAUGGAGAGUGAGAGCAGCAUGGCUAGCCGCUACGAGAAGGAUAUCGAAGCAUCCUCGCCGUACGACACGAAGGAGGACGACGCGCUGUACCCGCAACCGCCGAAGCCGUCGCACCUGUCAGCUUACUCGCCUGUGAAGCCCGAGCCUCCCCGCGCCCGGACCAAGUCUGUGUCGUCGGUGCUGUCCGUGUUCAGGCCAAAGUCGACGAGGCAGUCCAACACUCUGCUUCCCGCAACUACAUACUCACCAGGCGGCAGCGCCACGGGUGGCACGGCGGUCAAGCCUCAUCGUUUCGACUUCUCGACACUCAAGCCGCCGCCGUCGAUGAAGACGCUGGGCGUGGGCCGCCACAGGCGUGACUCCUCCAUAGCCUCCCACAUCACAGUCCAGCUGGGCCUGCGCCUCUCGAACCUGGACAACAUACCACCCAUGGAGCCGAGACGGUCGUGCGAUUCCAGCUCUCCAUGCGGCGACGAUGGACCCUGCAUGUGCACCAUUCCGCUCGUCAACCAGACCGGCAUGGGUAUGGGAAGCAGCAGCGCGGGGCUACGGCCGCAGCCACAGCUGAUGCCGACACCGAAGCUGGUGCCCAAGCCCAGCUCGCUGACCAGGGCCGUCUACGUGCCGCCUACGGUCGAGUCCGACAUCGACUCGGACAAGUUCUCGCUCGACGACGACGCCGUCAUGGCCUCCUCCCGCACCCCGACGAGGCCCGCUCCACCCGUGGUGGAGCCCAAGCGCUCGCCUGUCGUGGUGACGAUUCCGGCCCCGGUCGCGUCGCCGCGGCCGCUGGCGCAGCCAGUGUCGGCGAUCCAACAAGAGGAGAGCUCGGCCCCGCUCCUGACGCUGAGCCCGACUGUCUACAGCCCCAAUGGCGGGGCACAGUCCAAGCUCGCCAGCCCGAGGGGCGUCGGCUUCACGUCGCCCGUGUCCAGGUACAACAGCUCCGGUCAGAGGAGCCUCAGGAGCCAGCCGAGCCAGGGCACGCUCUGCAGCGCCUCGGGCAGCCAGAGGAGCCUCAGGGGAGGAGUUGCGGCUGCCACCACGGCCCCGCCCCGCAUUGCCACCCUGGCCCAGCCACCUCCGGCGGCCAAAUCCUCGUCGAACAAGGGGGGUGACUGGAUCUGA